AUGAACAACGGCAAACGUUCUCUUCAAUCAGAAAAUCCUGAUGACAAUCGAAAUACGAAGAAAAGAAGAAAAAAUGUCACAACCCUUGAAGAUGUGAGACACGGAUACAUGUCUCUGAAUCCUAACUCAACUCCUCUAGGAGAGAUAACUAAUUCAGGUCAUUCACAAAGUAAAGAUGCAAGAACACAUAGACUGGAAAUAAGGCGGAUGAAAAAAUCUUGUGGAACAGUUGUUAAGAGACCCGACGUCACAGCUACUUCUACGAUGAGACCCAUAUCUACUGGAAUGGACUCACAAUCCAGUAUUAUUCUUAACCCUCAAAGCCAAGCAGAAGGGAGAUCAUUGGGGAAUAAUGACGCAACUCCUCAGCCAACUACAUUGGGGUCUACUGGAUUUCAGUCUCAGACCAGUCAAAAUCAUAACCCUCACAGCCAUGUUAAAGAUAAGACUAUGUAUCCUCCAAAGAAAAUGGCUAAAAGGGAUUUUCCAAAAAGUCAUUUCCCAGGGAGUUCAGUUGGGAAGAAAUGUGACGUCCCAAGUCAAUCUUAUGCAAAUCCUAUAUCUACGGCAUUGUAUUCUCAAACCAGUCAAAUUCUUAACCCUCACAGUCAAGUAAAAGAGCAUAUUUCAUACCCUCCAAAGAAAAUGGCUAAAUCAACAGAUACUGCUCAAGUUGAUUCAGAUGAGUCAGAUUCUGGUUCUGAAUUAUGGGAUUGCACUAGCAGCGAUGACGAUGACAACAAAUCUGACUCAGAUACAUUUGAGGAUGAUCAUGCUAAAAGGAUUGAAAGGCAAGCACGAAUCAAUAUGGUUGCAAAUCGUUUUGCACAGGUGUUUGGUUGUUUGACAAACAAAGAUUCACCUGUAGUUGACGUACCCGUGGUAUCAAGAGCAAAAGAAGAAGAGGACUAUAAAGAUGAUGGUGAUCUAACAAGACAAUGUCUGAAAUGUGGAGCUCUGUUUUGGUACAAUGAAAGGGUCAGUAAGAGUAGAAAUGCAAGAACUCCUGUGUUCACCAUGUGUUGCAUGAGAGGAAAAGUCCAACUUCCCCAACUAAAAGAACCACCUGAAUUACUUCGUCGGCUGCUUACAAAUGAUGAUUCGAUGAGUAAGCACUUUCGUGAUAAUAUCAGACCCAUAAACAUGAUGUUUUCCUUUACAUCUCUUGGUGGAAAGAUUGAUAACUCAAUUAACAAGGGUCAAGGUCCUAAAGUGUUCAAACUACAUGGUGAGAAUUAUCAUUUGAUAGGGAGUUUGAAACCUCCGCCUGACCACCCUGCAAAGUUCUCUCAGUUAUAUAUUCAUGACACGGAAAAUGAAGUUCAAAACAGAAUAGCUGCACUGAGGUUUAAUGCUGAAGAUGAAUGUCAAGAGCUCAGUUUGGUCUUAAUUCACAAUCGUCUAAAAGAUGGACGUGUUUACAAUCUCCCGACUUCUUCAGAAGUAGCAGCUUUGGUGGUUGGUGAUUUUCAGAUAGACAUGGACAAACGUGAUAUUAUUCUGGAAAAAUAUUCGGGAAAACUGAAAAGAAUCAACGAGCUGCAUCCUUGCUAUCUGCCUCUUCAGUAUCCAUUGAUAUUCCCAUAUGGAGAAGAUGGUUUUCGUUUAGGGAUUCAAAAUGGUUUCACCGGUAACGGCAAAAGGAAAAAGCCUAAUAUCAGUAUGAGGGAAUUCUUCGCAUACAGGAUUCAAAUCCGGAAUUCUGGUUCGCAAGUCCUUCUUCUAUCCAGACGUUUGCUGCAGCAGUUUUUGGUAGAUGCUUAUACAAUGAUCGAGACACACCGUCUACGGUACAUUAGGAAAAAUCAGGCUAAUCUACGGACACUGAAGUUUAGUAAGUUUGUUGCUGCUGCGAACGACGGUAAUACAACUUUGCCUAUUGAGGGUAACCGAAUUAUCAUUCCCUCAUCCUUCACAGGCGGUCCAAGAUAUAUGCAUCAGAUGUAUUUGGAUGCUAUGACUAUCUGCAAAUACUUUGGGUUUCCAGAUCUCUUCAUAACUUUCACAUGUAAUCCUAAAUGGCCUGAGCUGUCUAGGUAUUUUCAGAAAUACAAUCUCAGGUCCGAGGACAGACCUGAACUGUGUUGUAGAUUGUUCAAAGUAAAGCUGGAUUGCUUGAUGGAGGAUCUAACCAAAAAACAUUUGCUUGGCAAGACAGUGUCAGCACUUUAUACUAUCGAGUUCCAGAAGCGUGGGCUCCCACAUGCUCAUAUUCUUUUGUUCAUGGAUUCAAAAGACAAAUUUCCUAAUGCCGACGAUAUCGACCGCAUUAUUUCAGCCGAAAUUCCUGAAAAAACCCAAGAACCCAAACUGUAUGAGGUUGUAAAGGACAUGAUGAUUCAUGGUCCAUGUGGUGUUGUCAACAAAAAAUCGCCGUGCAUGCAAGAUGGGAAGUGUAGCAAAUUUUUCCCCAGAAAACAUGUUGAGAAAACUACUGUGGAUGCUCAAGGUUACCCUGUUUACAGGAGAAGAGAAGAUGGGGCUUUUGUUGAGAAGAAAGGAAUUCAGUUAGACAAUCGGUUUGUUGUGCCUUACAACAAGAGUUUACUACUUCGGUAUAAUGCUCAUAUUAAUGUGGAAUGGUGCAAUCAGACCAGGUCAAUUAAGUACUUAUUUAAGUAUAUCAACAAAGGUACUGACCGUAUUACAGCAACAGUUACUCAAAAGUCGAGCACAACCGAGGCUACUGGAGCUGAGACACGUGAAACAAAUAACCCAAGAGGAGAAGGCGAAACUACUACGGAUGAAGGUGCUGAAGCUGUAGUUGAUGAAAUAAAAAACUAUUUUGAAGCGAGGUACAUCUCUGCUUGUGAGUCGUCUUGGAGGAUCCUUGCCUUUCCCACCCAUUACCGAUCUACACCUGUAGAAAAUCUUACAUUCCAUCUAGAAGGAGAGCAACCUGUUAUUUACAAGGAAAGAGAUUCUGUGGAAAGUGUUUUGGCUCGUGUCCAGAAUUCAAAGACAAUGUUUUUAGCUUGGUUUGUUUGUUGUGAGCGAUACCCUGAAGCAAGAGAUUUGACCUAUGCAGAACUUCCAACAAGAUUCGUGUAUGAUGGAAAACAAAAAGAAUGGAAUCCAAGGAAGAAAGGUUUUGCAAUUGGAAGAUUAGCUCCAGUUUCCCCAAGUUCUGGUCAGAAAUAUUUUCUGAGGGUUUUGCUGAACAAGGUUAGAGGUCCACGGUGUUACGAUGAUAUAAAAACAGUAGAAGGGAUAGUUCACCCAAGCUACGAGGAUGCAUGUUACAAGCUGGGUUUGUUGGACGAUGAUAAAGAAUAUAUUGAAGGGUUGAAAGAAUGUUCUUUUUGGGCGUCCAGUGGUUAUGUCCGCAAACUGUUUGCGAACAUGUUGUUAUCCGGUUGUUUAUCUACGCCUAAGUUGGUCUGGGAAGCAACCACUGACAUCCUAUCUGAAGAUAUUCUCUACAUUGAGCGUAAGAAGCGUCAUAACCCAGGCCUCAUAAUGACCGAAGAAGAAAUUUUGAAUUGUACUUUGGUCAUGAUUGAAAAUAUCUUGCAAAGUAAGAAUAGUUCUUUGGCUAAUUGGGAGUCAAUGCCAAAACCCAUUCACACUUCUCAGGUUUUUGACGACAAUCAGUUAUUACAGCAGGAACUUAACUACGACAGAGACGAACUGCAGAUUAAGCAUGAUGAAUGGCUUCGUAUGCUGACAGAUGAGCAAAAGUCAGUGUAUGAUGAGAUUAUAGGAGCUGUCUUGGGGAAGAAAGGUGGUGUCUUUUUCGUGUAUGGUUUUGGAGGUACAGGGAAAACAUUUUUGUGGAAUAUUCUUUCAGCUGCCAUUCGAUCUAGAGGCGAUGUUGUCCUUAAUGUUGCAUCUAGCGGUAUCGCCUCCUUAUUGUUACCAGGAGGGAGAACCGCUCAUUCACGGUUUGGAAUUCCUCUAAAUCCUGAUGAGUUUUCUACAUGCAAUAUAGAACCUGGAAGCCAUCGGUCUGAAUUAAUAUCCAGAGCUUCUCUUAUUAUUUGGGACGAAGCACCAAUGAUGAGUAAGCAUUGCUUUGAGGCUCUUGAUCGAACUAUGUGUGAUAUUAUGAACACCACAGAUGACAAACCAUUUGGAGGUAAAACCGUUGUUUUCGGUGGUGAUUUCAGGCAGAUACUACCAGUCAUUCCUAGGGGAAAUCGAGCUGAUAUUAGACAGAUGUUCAUGAAGCCGAGGAGAUUAAGGCUUUUUCAAAAUGGAUUUUGGACUUGGGAGAUGGAAAGAUCAAUGAGCCAAACAAUGGGGAAACUUUGA